ACACACACACACACACACACACACACACACACACACACACACACACACACACACACACACACACACACACCGGGCGGCAGGUGUCAGCAGAACACACCCUUCAGCGCAGGUAUGCAGCUCUGCCGCUCCUCCGCCCUGCAGACUGCGCCUCGCCCGGGCGGUGCAGCUGAGCUGAGAGGACUGUCGGUAUUACGGCUCAGGUCCUCUUGGUGACGCUCUGCUGACAUCACUCUGAUAGUCCCCGCUCAGCCCUCCCGCAUCAGACGCACGGAGCUCCGCCGGCUCUCUCUCACACUCCGUCCGUCCGCACUUUGUUUCCAUUUCGCUCCUCUUCGCCGCGGCCAAGACGCACCACCACCACCACCGCCACCACAGCAGCAGCAGCAGCAGCAGCAGCCGCGGGCUACCUGUGCGCACUGCGGCCGGCCCACACGGGGAGGGGUUUGACUCUUCCUGUCAUUAACACACUGCGAGGACGGGAGAGACAGAAACUAAACACGGUCCAGGGGGACGGACGCGCAGAGGCAGCGGGGAAAAGAACAAACCGCAACUUGGCUGAUUUCAACCCGGGCGGUCUGAACUGAACUCCCAAGUUUUCUCGGCCGAUCGCAGAAGGAAUAACUAGGAGCGCGGCUGCCCGUCACAGCGCUGUUGUGGAUAUUUACGUCCACCUUGUCUCCUGUUUAGAAGAAUGGCGAGAGAUUACGCAGCACGCUGUCCGGUCUCUCCGGUGAGGAACACUUGGCUGGUGGCGGCAGCGAUCCUCCUCGCAGCUCAAGGUAUCGGGGCUCAGAAAGUGCGGGUCGAAGAGGAGCUGGAGGCGUAUCCCACGGAGUCCGUCGACCUCCGCUGCCAGUUCAUCGACGGAGGAGGCCGCACCAAACUCACACAGGUGUCUUGGAUAUGGGAACCCAUCGAUGGUCAGAGGGACAACAUCGCUGUGUACCACCCGAUCUAUGGACAGAGUUUCCCCAACUUGUCCUUCAAGGACCGAGUUGUCUUCCUCCAGAACAGUCUGGAGAACCCGUCCAUUAGGAUUUCUAACCUAAAGAUGUCCGACGCCGGCCGCUACACCUGCGAGUACGCCACCUACCCUUCUGGAAACGAACAAGGGACGACCACCCUCAUCAUGCUGGCCAAGCCUAAGAACUCGGCCAACGUAGUGACGGUCCAGGCUGGCUCCAAGUCGGUGGUGGUGGCCCAGUGUGAGGCAGCGGACGGCAAACCGGCAGCCACCAUCAAGUGGCUGACGCAGGUCGGAGGCAACCACUCAACCAGCACCAUGAACGGGCCGGACGGCACGGUGACCGUUCGCAGCGAGUACCGGCUGGUUCCCACGCCGGCGGAUGACGGCAGGGAGUUGACCUGCAUGGUGGAGCAGAGGACGCAGGAGCGGCCGUGGACUCUCUCUGUGAGGCUCUCUGUGGAGUACCCUCCCUCUGUGUCCAUAGAGGGCUACGACAACAACUGGUACGUCGGCCGCUCGGGCGCCGUGCUCUUCUGCCAGGCCAACGCCAACCCGCCGCCCACUGACGUCACCUGGACCGCGGCCUCCGGCUCUUUGCCCGACACGGUGGUGGUGGACGGCAACAAGCUGACGGUGAGGAAGGUGGACGACGCCGUCAACACCACUUUCAUCUGCGAGGUGAAGAACAAGCACGGGGCCAGCAGGCACCAGAUCACCACCAUCGUCAUCGAGGAGAAGCGAACGAUCACCCCGGGCCCGUCCACAGGCGCCGUCAUCGGAGGCAUCGGAGGCGCCCUCGCCUUCAUCGGCCUCAUCAUCGGCGCCAUCUUCUACAUCCGCAAGCGCCAGGAGGACGCAGAGGGCCCCCCCAAGCACAAGCCCCCUCCCCCGGUGAAGGCCGGCAGCUCGACGGAGAUGCUGAACAAGCCAUCAGAGCCUCCCACGGCCACAGAGACGGCACCUCUCAGCCCGGGAGAGGUUUACUACGAGCCCACAGGGGGCGAGCCUGUCACGAACCUGGAUGACGAGACCACCGGAGCGCUGAAUGGCGGCGCCCCCGCCGUCCUGGGCGACCCGGCCAAAUACGACAACGUCAACGAGCUCAAGGACCACGUCGCCGACGGCCACCACGGCAACGACUUGGACGCGACCAGCCGCGAGGCGCCGGCUGCCAACAUCUCCCGCGGCGAGAGCUUCGUGUCUUCCGCUAUGUACGUGUAGCGGCGGCAACCUUAGCUGCACAUCACAGGCGUGCGGGCAAGUUCCAGGUCACCUAAAUUUGCAUGGAAAGCAACGGAGAGCACACUACGAAUCCCAUCUGUUGUACACGAAACUUUUUUUUAAGAUAUUUAAGUUUUAACCGACAUAUGGUGGCGUUCUGUUCAUGAGUUUAUAUUUCUUUAAGAGGCACAUUUAUGGGAGAUAAACAAGUUUUUAGCGGUGACUUCUUGGGUGUAGGAAUGUCAGCAAGGGAAGGGAGCUUUUCUUUGUUUUUAAUCAUAUUUAUAUUUAAGAUAUCUGUUCAAGAGAAGCAAAAAUAUCAAUGUUCUCAAAGCAAUUUAAGAUGCACACACACACACACACACACCUCACACACAGUAGCUCAUGAUAUCCGACAAGCCAGACAGCCAUUGAAAUCGUGUGUACUGCAUAUGAUGAGGCGGGCUUCCACAAUGAUUCAAUCACACGGCUGAGAGGUGUCGCAAGCUAGGUGGACUGGAACACUCCCCUCAGCUAAUUAACGCACAGCGCUCUGCCGCUCUGCGUGACGCUCGCAGAUCAAAACUUUUCACCGAGAGAAAACAAAAAAAAAAAGAAAAAAAAAAGGAAAAAACAGCGAGACGACGGCAUUUUCAGUGGAUCCAGUCUGAUGUAUUAUUAUGCAACAUUUUGUGCCAUGAACACGUGGCGUCCCCAUCGCGUCGCGCGUGAAGCCGCCGGUCCCGAAACUGUUCCGUCGAAAAACAUCGGAAAGUACAAACUACCGUCUUUUUAAAAUCCCUUUUCCAGAGUGCUCCUCGUCCACGGUUGGUUUGGUUUGAAUUGCGUACGGCUUGAAUUCGGUCCCAGGAGCUCCGACGUCUGAUAAUCUGGCUCGACGGGGCAGCUUAAAUUAAUCACCGAGAUGUUUGGGAAAAAAAGUAUUUCAGUUAUCAUCCACUCCCGACAGCCGAGAGGAACAGCCUUCCCCACUCUUGCCCAGGCUGCAGUCCAGUAAAGAAACAUUCCGCUCUAUUAUGUUGUCAAAGGGAGCCUCGUCCAUCCGGCCGCGCUCAUUAGCGGCUAACGGAGAGGAAGCGACAUUGUUUUUUUGGGGGGGGUUUAAGCUCCCCAACCUGGCAACGUGACGUGAUUAAGAUUCCACCAUUCAUUCAUUUUUUUUUUUGCAAGAGUUGGUGAGGCUGCGUGUCGGGGAGAUGAAAACUCGUUUACAGCACACACACACACACACACACACACACACACACACACACACAGACACACACACAUACACCACAGGUUUCUUACAUGCACACACACAGAAAAAUGGCAACGUUUGUAUUCAGUCCUCAUGAAAUAAGUCACAGGAUUACGGCUGUAAGCGUCACUAAGGAAUGUAUUUGAAGAUGUUCGGCGUGUAUCAGAAAGACAAACUGCCAUUAGCGCCAUUUUUUUGUACAGAUGAGAAAUGGUCACCGACUCUGAUACACGCAGAACACGAGGGGGGAGCUGCGCGUUUGAGCCGAUCGUCCGCUUUUAAAUGGCUGAAUCGCUAAAAUUUGGUCUUCAUAGAUGUCAGAUGGUACCAAACAGUGUAAAUAGUAUUGAUUAUAUUGAUGAUAUAAUAUAUUGUUGGUGAAACGUGUACACAUGAAAAAAAAAAGAAAAAAGAAAAGAAAACAAGUGUAGGUGUUAUCAGUGCCUCUGUACAGGGGGUGGAAGUUUGUUAAAUGUCAAAUUGAGGGAUUUGAAAACAAAAACAAAAAAAAAGACGUGUAUAUUACUAUUUUGCUUUUCACGGGUACAUUGAGGUCGUCACUUAAUACUAAAAAUGUUUUAUUUGAAAAGUGUAAAAUGAAACGACACAACAAAACAAACAAACAAACAAACAAAAAAAAAAAGAAAUGAAGUGGUGUGGGUUUUACUCCUUGUUCAUAUUACUCUGCAUGGCAUGAUCGGUGGCUUGUUGAAACACUUUCCCAAGGCUGUUUGCGGAAUAAUCUUCUUCAUUUGUUUAAAAAAAAAAAAAAAAAAAAAAAAAAAACACUUCUGAAUGUCAAAAAAAAAAAAGAGGAAGCUGUUUUUUUUUUUGUUUUUUUUUCCAUCGCCGUCUCGAUGCAUCUGUCACAGUCACACACACACACACACACACACACACCACGAGCACCAAGUCCAAUUUAAGUUGAGAGAGCGGGACUUUUUUUUUAAUUUCUUUUAUUUCCUUUUUUUUUUUUUUUUUACUUUUUUCUUUGGUUCGUGUCGUGCGACGGCUCGGCGGGCUGCCUUGUUUUGUCUUUUUGUUGUCUCUGGUGCUGAUCCGAGAUGCAGUCAGCGUGGAAUCGUCAUCUCUCACGGUCGCAGAGUGCAGCACACACACACACACACACACACAGAUGCAAUCUCCCCGUCGCCUCUCUCUCUCUCUCUCUCUGAUCUUGAGACCUCGAGGCCAACAAGUCGUCACGAGUUAUAAUGCCGACGGUCUGACGGCGGGCUGCAGAUGACCAGAGAAGCACACAGUCCGGUGCAGACAGGUAUGAAUGUUGAUGGAGCCGGCAGGUAGAGAUUCAAACCGGAGGAGGGCCACAGAAAAGGAGACGUUAAUGAGAGGCGGGAAGUGUUUUUUUCACCGCAGCUUUUACCUUCACGUGCGACGUCGUCACCAAAUGCAAUUUAAUUAGUUUUUUUUUUCUGACGUAUGACAAUCAUCUGUUGGUAUUUAAUUGUCGCUGGCUUCGCUGGAGAGGCUUUUAUUUUAUCGUGUGUGUGUUCGUCGUUGUUCUAGAAGUGCCACGUCCGUCCUGGAGAGGUCGUUUGAUUAAAAAGAUUAAAGUCACAGCUUUGUUUUACAAACUGGGUCAUAUUCGGUUGUUCCCAUCUAUGUUGUUUUAAAGAAUGAAUCAGCAGCGUGAAUUCGGGGCCGAUGCAGGAUAAACCGAGACUUCUGCGACAGCUGACGGUGUCUUUUGUCUGUCUGCUUUUUGUGUCUCAGAUGUUUAUUUUUUAUUAAAGGGAAUGUGUGCAUGCUGCAUGGACCUGUGGGAUGAAAGCUGUUUUAUCACUUUGCACGAAGAAUCGGACCUCCGUGACGAAUGUCUGGCGUUCUGACCGGCCGGGAUAAAACAUUUCUGCAAACCACAGAUUUAUUGACAUUUGUACAAAACAUGAUUUAUAGUCUUCAAGUUAUAUGAUUAUUAUCUGAUUGUCGUAGCGGGAGGUGGAGGGAGCGGUGACGGAGCUACAGGUGACAAAUCUGCUGAACGGACCGCAGUAAGAGUGUUUCAGCAUUUGUAGGUGUUAAACUGUUGGAUAUUUUGGACGAGGGACCACGAUUCCACUGGGCCUGUUCCUGCCGCGUUACAGUCAUGACAGUUCAGCCAGUUUAGACGUUACAGCAAAAACAUGUUUGUGACGGUUAGUAAAAGGGUAUUUUAAGCCACAACAUGAAGUUUUCCUGACCCAGUGGGUUUUCUGCCAACAUCUAACCAGAAGACAAGAGAGAAACAGAAAGCUCGACCUAAAUAAACUAAACUUGCGUCAUAAAGACGUUUAAAGUUUCAGCGUAUCUGUGGUUUUGCAGAAAUGCACUCACGCUGGUGAUCGUGCUGUCUGUGACUCUCUUUGUCAGACAAUCACGUACAAAUGUGUUUAACAGCCCGGCUCCUGCAGAACAAAACGUGUCAUGAAGGGGAAUUAAAUGUGAUGGUUUUGCCCUUUUGUGUGUAAAUUAAUUUCCUGAAAUGAAUGCAUAUUUAGUGUUCUGUGGAUUAAUGCGCCUAAUGUGUUUGCCAGCGGGCUGCUGUUGAUAGAUUGAGCGAAAGGGGGGGAAAAAAAAAAAAAAAGACAAUCAUUGGGACGUGUUGUGUCAGAGGCCUGUGACUCAGCAGAGUUUCAUCUCCGCCGUCUCGUCUUUGGGGGAUCGUUCAGUUUUACCCAGAGCCUUACGUUUUAAUAGAGUUGCUUCGUUCGUGACGUAUCUGUAAUUCAGAUCUCGACAGCAGCAGGAAUACAGUCAGGAAGCCGCCUCCUCUAACAGAUACUGCAGAGAAACAUUAGCUCACGCUCAGUUUCCAGCCUGUGUUUGCACAGAGUCGACACUUACAAGAGCUUGUUGUGUUGCAGUGAUUUCUAGAUCGAGUCUCUGGGUCCGUCUCUUUUUUUCUUUUUUUUUUGUGGAAGCAGAAGUCUCCCCGUCGCCCCCUGUUACGGGUUCGAUGCCAGAAACACAAGCUGUGAAUGUCGGCGAUAACGCUGUUCGGUCGGAAUCCGUUUGCCCUCGUUCUUUUUUUUUUUCUUUUUUCUUUCUCCUCCCCACACACACACACACUCUCCGUUCUCUCUCAUUCAUCCAUUGUCAUCACAGCUUUUCAUCACGGAGCCAGACGUGCCUUCUUUAUGUUAUUUUUAGCUUUUCUGUUCUUGCACUUCUUGUCUGACAGUAGAACGGAUGAUGAAAGGGGGGAAACACACAAACACAGGAUGGGUUUGACAUUGAGGAUGGCAACGCUUGGAAAUAAUAAAAAAAAAAAAUUACAAAAAAAAAAAAAAGGAAACCAACACACUGGAGAUGUAAUCAUAUUUCUUUGUGAAUGUUUAUUGAUUUUCUUUCACUUACUUUCUUUAUCACGGAUCAAUUAUCAUUUUGUAUGCUUUUUGGGAAACUUACUGUACAUGUUUUACAGAUCAUUGUCUUGUCAAAUAAAAUGUAAACCAAACAGA